CUAUGGUACAGAGCGGUGCCUGUCUGGCCUUGCUCUCUGCUCUCUAUGGUUCUGUGUGGACGGUACCAUUGUGCAGACUGGCGGGGGGGUUGCAGUCAGGUUCCCGGUGCUUGCUUACCUGGCCGGUAAAAUGGCGCAGGCUCUGUCCGAGGAGGAGUUCCAGCGGAUGCAGGCUCAGCUCCUUGAGCUCCGGACUCAGAACUACCAGUUGUCAGACAAUCUGCGCAAGAAUACCCAGGAGUUGUCUUCUCUUCGCCAGAAGCACGGGACAUUGGAACGAGAGUUUGUCAAAUCUCAAAAGGCUCUGAGCAAAAGCAAGAAAGCACAGGAGGUGGAAGCUCUCCUGGGUGAGAAUGAAAUGCUGCAAGGGAAGCUGCAGAGUCAGGAAGAUGAUUUCCGGCUUCAGAACAGCACAUUGAUGCAGGAGCUGUCCAAGCUAUGCUCCCAAAUUGAGCAGCUAGAGGCAGAAAAUACACGGCUGAAGGAGGGCCAUCCGUCUGUGUCUAUUGUCCCAGGAGCUGCCGAAGGGGAACCGAGGAACACCGCCUUACAGAGAACCAUGUUAGAUCUUGGUGGCAAGGAGACAUCAUCAUUGAAUGGUCAUCAGAUCUUGCAGAAUGACAGUGGCACAAUAACGGAGGCUGUCUCAAUUACAGGGGCAGAUGGAUCCCAAAAGCAGGAAUCAUCAAGCCGGCCAUUCACAGCAGAGGAUGCACAGGGAGGGACCCUGAAAUUAGAAGCACAGACUGAGGAAAACCGGCUAUUAAGAGAAGAAUUAAAGGGCUUGCAGGGGAAGAUUUCCAAGGUGGAAGAGGAGAAUGCCAAGGUUGUGGAGAAAUUAAAGAAGAAGCAGGAGAGCUACGUACAGCUGCAGACUGAUAAAGAGGCCCUGUACAAUGACAGCAGGACAAAGAUUGAGGAGAUUCAGCAGAAGAAAGAGGAGGAAAUGAAAUCUCUGCAGGCGAAGAAUCAGAAAAUGCAGCAGGAUUUGUUGGCAACUCAGCAGAACUGCACUGAGUUAAAGGAUCAACUUCUAAGUGUGAAGCAGGAGCAUGAACGGGCCCUCCAUGGACUGCAGGAGGAAGCGACAUGGCGCAGUGCGGAGAGCCAGGAGCAGGUGGAAAUCAUUCUGUCUGAGAACGAUGCCCUGCGUACCAACCUAGCCGCCUUGGAGCAGAUUCAAACUUCUAGGACUCAGGAACUCAGUCUUCUGCGAGAACAAAGCUUAGCCCUCGGCUCGGAGCUGCACCAGGUACAGGGUGAGAGAGAAACUCUUCUGGCUCAAAAAGAAGAUCUGAAAACACAGCUACAGGAGUCGGUGCGUGCCAAUAGUCGCCUGGCCGAGCAGUGGGAGGAACAAUCGCAGGACUUAAAGCGGUUACAGCAGGACCUCGAUGAAGCACGUAAGAGCGCCGAUAAACGGAAAGCUAUGCUGGACGAAAUGGCCAUCAAGAUGCAACAGGAGAACUCUUGUCACAAGGAAGAGGUGGGGAAUGUGAAGCUGCAGCAUGAGAAGGAGGUGCUGAGUAUCCGAGCCAAGUAUGAGAAGGAGCUUCGAGAGCUUCACGAAGAGAAGAAUCGAGGGGAAGAAGCUCUGCGCGCCCAACUUCGGGAUGAGAAGGCCCGAUGUAGAGAGCUUGAAGGAUUGCAACAGACUGUAGAAGAGUUGCGAUUACAGAUCCAGUCACUAGAGGGAACCAAAGGAUGGUUUGAACGACGGCUGAAGGAGGCAGAGGAAACUGUUGAAAAAAAUGAGGUUCAGCAUAGUGGACACAUAGCGGAGAUCCGUACCAAGCAUUGCGAAGAACUUAAAUUGAAGCUCCAGGAGCUGGCUGCAGUCACAGAGAAGGUGGAGGCGUUUGAAAAAGAAAAAUCCGAUCUUCAUCAGACAAUUGAUCAGCUGAGACAGGAAGUGAAAGAUACAACUGAUGGACAGAGAAUUCUGGAAAAAAGAGGAAGUGCAGCUCUGAAAGAUCUGAAGCGUCAGCUUCACUUGGAGCGGAAACGAGCAGACAAACUGCAGGAGCGUCUUCAGGAAAUUCUCACCAACAGCAAAACUCGCACAGGUCUGGAGGAUUUGAUGUUUGCUGAGAUAAGUUCCCCCAGCAAAACGCAGACUGGUGACAGUAGCAGUAUCUCCUCUUUCAGUUACAGAGAGAUGAUGAAGGAAACAGCGCCCUCGAGCAGCAACAAGUCUAACACUGGGAGCCCUCAGUCCCAGCAGCAGAGACCGGCUGAGCUGUCCGAUGAGGAGGUCACAGAUCUCUUUCAGAGAUUGGCUGAAAUACAGCAAGAAAAAUGGCUUCUCGAAGAAAAGGUUAAGCAUUUAGAGGUGAGCAGUGCGUCUAUGGCUGAAGAUCUGUGCAGAAAAAGCGCCAUUAUUGAGACCUACGUGAUGGACAGCAGAAUCGACGUCUCUGCUGCACACGGUCAGUUGGACAGAAGCAGUAUCAGCAGUGUCCUGCGGGAUUUGGUGAAACCUGGUGAUGAGAAUCUGAGGGAGAUGAAUAAAAAGUUGCAGAACAUGUUAGAGGAGCAGCUCACCAAGAACAUGCACCUGCAGAAGGACCUCGAAGCACUUUCACAAGAGAUCGUCCGACUCAGCAAGGAAUGUGUUCCAAUUCCAUAACAAUACCAGAACCGUGUCCCGUCCAUCACCCGUCCAUUCUCUGACUGCACCCUUCACUGUGAAUUGGAACAAGUUGCAGCUUUAUCAUAAUCAGAGAAGAAUUUACACAUUUUAUUUCAAAUUAACUCAUCUGACCCUAUAAUCACCUUUUCAAUUCAGCUUCCCCCUCAUCUUCUAUCAGUACCCCACCAGACCCCCCCUCUUUCGCUCUCUCUACCCCACCCAGAUUCCCCCCACUUUUUCUGUACCCUAACCUGAUACCAACCCAGACCCCUUCACUCUGUGUACUCCACCCAGAUCCCCCUCUCUCGCGUUCUAUACCACACCCAUACCCCCUUCUCUAUACCGCCACCCAGAUCCCCCUCUCUCUGUACCCCACCAAGAUCCUCCCCCUCUCUCGCUCUCUUUAACCCACCUUUCUCUGUACCACACCCAGAUGCCUCUCUCUCGUGUACCCCAGCAAUAUCACCACUAUCUCUGUACUCCAGCCAGUCCUGUUUCAGUAUUACAUUUUGUAUUUCUGAAUGUUACUAUCAUGACUCCCUCAACAGGCUCAGGGUAAAUUUAUUUCCAUUGUUCUCCAUCUAUCUCACAUUCUCUAUCUAUCUCACAUUCUCUGUGUUGCACCCACAUUCCUUAGAAUCGCAAACCAGGAGAUUAACACUUAGACCGUGUCACAACAAGGUCAAGUGGAUCACAGCUAAGAAGACAUGGUCGAGUAGAGGAGACAAGGCAUGCAUGCCACCAGUGAGAAGACAAGGUUGGGCUUCCCACCGACAGGCGCACUAGGUGGAGCUGGAACUCAAACUAUUCAAUUUAUUUCAUGCACCGUGACUUGUUUAAAGAUUUGUAUAUAUUGUGAAAUUCAUUCGUAUUACAAGGUUUCCAAACUUUUUGAAGAUGUAAAGCCAUUCCUGAUUAAACUAGAAAAACAUACGUCUUGGCAACGAUUAGUCAACGCCUGGCUGCCCUCUGUUCUUUCUGUACAGUCUGCUAAUUAUUAUGAAAUAAAUGGCAAAUUCUCUGAGAGCUUGUGCCCAUAUAAAUGAUGAACAGAACUUGCGAUGCCAAUCAUGCAAAUGCGUGGCAAUCAUGAGAGCCAGUAUGCCUGUGUUAUGAUGUCAUGCAUGUCAUCUGCCAGUCUCGAGCAGUAAUCAAUAUAUGUAUAUGUGACUGGUAAUAAAGUGGAACUACCUA